AUGCAGUCCCCCAGGGCGGCAGGGAAGAAGCGAGGGCGGCCCCCGCUGCAGCCCGCGCCCCUCAAAGUGGCUGUUCACAACCUCUUCUCUGCACCAGCUGGUGCCCUGCCAGUCCUGAAGAUCCCAAAGAAGAGAGGGAGAAAACCUGGGCACAAGCUGAAAUCUCGGGUGCUGAUGACUCCUUUAGCAAUCUCCCCGCCGAGGAGCACGCCGGAGCCGGAUAUCAGCUCAAUCCCCCAGGACGCAGCUACGGUGCCCACCUCAGACACCCCACAGGCUCUCACAGUCUGCAUUUAUGUCAACAAACAAGCGAACCUGGGGCCCUACCUGGACAGGAGAAAGGUGCAGCAGCUGCCAGAGCACUUUGGCCCGGAGCGGCCGUCGGCAGCCCUGCAGCAAGCAGUGCAAGCCUGCAUCGACUGUGCACUCCAGCAGAAGGUGGUCUUCUCCCUCAUCAGGCAGGGCUAUGGAGGCGAGAUGGUCUCAGUUUCAGCUUCUUUUGAGGGGAAGCAGCAUCUCCAGAGCCUGCUGGUGGUGAACAGCAUCGGGUAUGUGCUGCGCUUCCUGAAGAAGCUGUGCCACAGCCUCCUGUGUGACAACCUCUUCAGCAACCAGCCCUUCCAGCAGAGCAGUGCCCUGACAGACAGCCCCGAGGGGUAUGGAAACAGAAGGAUGGAGGCAGAGACAGUUAUACCAGAGGACUACCUGGCUGAUGCUCCCAGCAGGAAGCAGUACAGUGCGGACCCUGCGGACGCCACCGUGGGUUCCAUGGGCUCCGCGUACACCGUGCGGCAGAGCGCUGCAGAUGGACACCCUGCUGGGGGCUCCUCUUCCUCCUGCAGCCACCAUCCUGCCCUCAUGCCUGCAGGGGGGCCCUCAUCUGCUGCCCUGCGCCGUCAGACCUCCAGCCCAACAAGGAGUGGGGCCUAUCCUGAAGGAGACACAAGUGCCUCAAGUCCUUCACCUGAAAGACAAGAUGCAGCUCGGCCAUCAAGCAAGAAUCCUUUGACCUGGACAGUGGAUGAUGUGGUUUGGUUUGUGAAGGAUGCAGACCCUCAAGCUCUAGGCCCUCACGUGGAGCUCUUCAGAAAACACGAAAUUGAUGGCAAUGCUUUGUUACUGCUGAAAAGCGACAUGAUCAUGAAAUACCUGGGGCUGAAAUUGGGACCGGCACUGAAACUGUGUUACCACAUUGAUAAGCUCAAGCAAGCCAAAUUCUAA